AACUCACUCUACAAUCUACAUCUACAGAGUUAAGGAGAGAGAAAGUAUGUUUUUAGAUGAGAUGAGAUUAAUUAAUAAUAUAGAAAACUCUGUAUGUAACCUUAAUAAAAAUUCAAUCUUUCUUCUUUCUUCUCUACAAUAAAAAUUAAAGUUUUAAUCUUUUUUAAAAAUUAAAAUGUGGGCAUCUUAAAAAGGGCCAAGAAAUGAAUUCUCUAAUAUUUAUUUAAUUUUUUUUUGAUUUUUAAUUUUUGACCUCUCAAAUGCACAUGGCUUCUUGGGUUUCUCUUCUCUUCCACAUUUGUUUUUCCUUCAUUUUUUGUAAAUUUUAGUUUUUUUUCUUUGUUUUCCUUUUUACAUCACAUGCUCUCUCUCUCUCUCUCUCUCUCUCUCUCUCUCUCUCUCUCUCUCUCUCUCUCAAUAGAAUUGAAACCUUUUGACUCAUCAGUUGAAGAGAUUCCCCAGAUCUACAGUGAAACUUUUAACCAUUUUCCCACUUUCAAUUUCUUCUUCUUCUUCUUUGGACUUUAGAACAAAUCUUCAGUUUCCUAAUUGUAUGUUAAAAAGGUACCAAUCUUGUUCCCCAAAUUGCAGAAGAAUUGAAUGAAGAUCAGAGAUUAUUGUCAUUGAAUGAAUAAGAACACUAUAGUUUUGGUUAAACCAGAGAAAAUUAUAGCCAAAAUUUGGUGUUAUUGUUGUUAUUUUGAGCUGUUUUUAGGACAGUACAUUUGAAUGAUACCAUCAGUUAAACUUUCAUGGUUUGCAAGAUGGAGGAGACCGAUAAUCGAAUCGAAGAAAUGGACAUUGAAAUCCUCCCUUCUAUGUGGCCUGAAGAUAUUGGAUUUGAUGCUGGAAAACAGUUCAAUGUAGAAAGACCAGGACAAGAUCAAGACAUGUUAGAAGAAGUUACAAUAAUGGAAGAACCAACUAUAGUUGAUUUCCAAAGACUUAUAGAGUUAACAAACUAUAGCGAAAAGGGUUCAUCUCAGUUAACUUAUCUUGUUAAACAUUGGGAGUACAAACAAGCCAAUGCUGUAAGAUUACUAAGAGAAGAGCUUGACAUAUUAAGUAAACAAAGAGAAGAAGUUGAGUUAAAGAAGUUAGAGAUUUUAGAAGAGCAUAGAUUUGAAGAAGAUAGUUAUGGCGAUAAGCGUCCUAUUUCGAUUUUAGAUGGUGUUUAUGACAUAUGGCCACCUAUUCCUCGUGUUAAAAAUGAUGUUGUUGUUCAUAACAAGAGUGUUGAGAUUGAUGCUGAGUAUGAUACUGUUGUGUAUUGGAAACAAAGAGCUUUGCAUUUAGAGAAGCUUUUACAAGCUAGUGUUGAAAGAGAGAAUGGUCUUGUUGAGAAAUUAGAGGAAAGUAUUAAAGAUCUUGAGAGACAAUCUUCACCUGUUGAAGAAUUAUCUCAGAUUUUGAAAAGAGCUGAUAAUUUCUUGCACUUUGUUCUUCAAAAUGCUCCUGUUGUUAUUGGUCAUCAGGACAAUGAAUUGAGGUACAGGUUUAUAUAUAAUCAUUUCCCAAGUUUGCAAGAACAGGAUAUUAUUGGGAGAACAGAUGUUGAGAUUUUUACUGGUGCUGGUGUUAAAGAAUCUCAAGAUUUUAAAAGAGAAGUUUUGGAGAAAAAAUUGCCAGCAAAAAGGGAAAUUACUUUUGAGACAGAAUUGUUUGGUUCAAAGACUUUUUUGAUUUAUGUAGAACCAGUUUUUAGCAAGUCUGGUGAAACUAUUGGUAUUAAUUAUAUGGGAAUGGAUGUUACUGAUCAAGUGAGAAAAAGAGAAAAGAUGGCAAAAGUUAGGGAAGAAUUAGCAGUACAAAAGGCUAAAGAAACAGAAUUGAACAAAACUAUUCACAUAACAGAGGAAACAAUGAGAGCAAAGCAAAUGUUGGCAACAAUGUCUCAUGAGAUAAGAUCUCCACUUUCCGGGGUUGUAAGUAUGGCCGAGAUUCUCACCACAACGAAGCUUGAUCGCGAGCAGCGUCAGUUGUUGGAAGUCAUGUUGUCUUCGGGUGAUUUGGUUCUUCAAUUGAUUAACGACAUUCUUGACCUUUCCAAGGUCGAGUCAGGAGUAAUGAAGUUAGAAGCUACGAAAUUUCGACCAAGGGAGGUAGUAAAGCAUGUUCUUCAGACUGCUGCAGCAUCCUUGCAGAAGAGUUUGACUUUAGAAGGGCAUGUAGCAGAUGAUGUUCCUAUCGAGGUUGUUGGAGAUGUUCUAAGAAUUAGGCAAAUUCUUACCAAUUUGAUCAGCAAUGCAGUGAAGUUUACUCAUGAAGGGAAAGUUGGUAUAAAGCUUUAUGUGGUACCAACUCCAUCAUGGGGAAGAGAAGAAGGUUGUAAUGAAAUAACAUGUCUAGAAAAUGGUGUUAAAGAGGAAAAACCAAAGUCUCAUCAUCACAUCCAUGAAAAUGGUUCUUAUCAGAAGAACCAUUCAAAUGGUGAUGAGCCUAGAACUCCAAACAAGACUGAAUCCCCAAGGGUUGGUGAUAUGGAUCAAGAUCAAGAUCAAGAUCAAUCUCAUUCUUCUGAAACAACAGUUUGGAUUAGAUGUGAUGUGUAUGAUACAGGAAUUGGUAUACCAGAAAAUGCUCUGCAUACUUUGUUCAAGAGGUACAUGCAAGUUAGUGCUGACCAUGCUCGAAAAUAUGGUGGAACUGGGCUUGGAUUGGCUAUAUGCAAGCAACUGGUUGAACUUAUGGGGGGUCGUCUCACAGUGUCUAGCAGAGAAAAGUGUGGAUCCACAUUCACUUUUGUGCUUCCUUACAAAGUUUCGAAUGGAGGUGAUAGUUCUGAUGAUUCUGAUGAACUUUCUGAUAUGGCUAAUCAUGAUGCUGCAUCUGAUGAUGCAACCGAGAGCUAUUUCCAAUUCCAACCGCGCACUUUAGGUUCUCUGUUCAAUUCCAAUGGCUCAAGCAGGACACAUAAACUCAACGGUUUGCCACCUUCUUCUUAUGCCUUUCCCUCUACUGAUUGCAUACCCGAAGAGACAGUUUCGGUUGUAAAACCAAUAUCAGAAUCAGCAGUGAGUGAAAAUUCUAAUCAUGAUAGAGAUAAUGGAGUUUUUGAGGGGAAAAAGUGUCAAGAUAACACAACAGAUAAACUCGAAAAUCAUAAUGUAGAGGCAAGUAAGGACUCGUUAGAAGUGUCACCAUGUCAAAAGCAGGAGAAAUCUGAAACAAAAGUACCAUGUUCAACCUUAGAACCUAAGAUACUUCUUGUUGAAGACAAUAAGAUCAACAUCAUGGUUGCACAAUCGAUGAUGAAGCAACUCGGCCACAGUAUAGAAGUGGUGAACAAUGGCGCUGAAGCUGUGAAAGCAAUUCAGCGCCGCGAUUAUGGUCUUGUUCUAAUGGAUGUUCAUAUGCCAGUUAUGAAUGGCCUCCAAGCUACAAGAAUAAUUCGUUCUUUCGAGGAAACUGGCAAUUGGGAAGCUGCAGAAAAGGCUGGAAUUGAAUUCAAUGAUUCUUCUUUACAGAAAAGUCAUGCCUUUAUGCCAUCAACAAAGAGAAUUCCCAUCAUUGCGAUGACAGCAAAUGCAUUGUCAGAGAGUGCAGAAGAGUGUUAUGAAAAUGGUAUGGAUUCAUUUGUAUCAAAGCCUGUAACUUUUCAGAAGUUGAAACACUGUCUUGAGCAAUAUUUACCUCCUUAAAUUUCUCUUUUAUUGUAAAUGUCAUGCUUGUGUAUAAAAAAGAAAAAGGACAACAAAAAAAAAAAAGAAUGACUGAAAAGAUGACAUGGUAGGAAAAGUUUUGUAAUCAAUGUAUCAUGUUUUUUUUUGUAGCUA